UUUUGUCCUUGUACCAUUUUGCCAUUUUGUCCAGGGAAUUUUUUGUUUUACUACUGAGGUGGGUUCUUAAUUUUGUGGGUACUAAUCCGAUGUUUUUAUCAAUAAAAUUUAUUUUUGAGAUUAAACGUUCAAGCAUUGAUUUGGGUCGACGUCAUGUUUCAACAUCUAGCCAAAAAGAUCACCCAUCUAAAAUUGAUGAACAAGUUUCUCAAGGUAGCGAAAGUGCUGCUACUGUUGUGGAAAGAUCACCACAAGUACAAUUGCCUGGGCAGAUUCAAUCACCCACAGAUGGGCGUGGAAUGAGUAUAAAGGAAUGGAGACGUUUUUCUAAAGGUGGUAGCAGUCUCGAGUAUCCUCCAAAUAUCGAAUUUUAUCGAAAUACAUUGGAAAAAUUGGAAAGUGGUUUAAUUUCUGAUGGACGUUUACCACCAACACGUCCUUCAAUGAUGGAUUUAGUAGAAGGAUUAAAAAAUCAGCAAAAAGAAGAAGCAACACAUCGUGACAGUCUUUUUAGUCUACAACUAUUUAAAGAGCAAAAUACUGAAAUUAUUGAAGGACAACAAAGAAUUUUGGGUAAAUUUAGAAGUCAACCUAGACGUUCGGAAAGUGGUUAUUCAAAGAAAUCAAUGUCCAUUCAAAAACAACGUGAAAUAACUACAUCAGGUCCGGCAACAUCAACAGGUAAAACUGUAACUAAAUUUGGAUGGAUUGAAGGAGUUUUGAUUCGUUGUAUGGCUUCGAUUUUUGGUGUGAUGCUUUAUUUGCGUUUAAGUUGGGUUGCUGGACAAGCUGGGAUUUUAUUUGGCUCUUUUGUCGUUCUGCUUGGAACAUUAAUAACAGUAAUCACAACUCUCUCAACUUCUGCAAUUUGCACAAAUGGACUAGUAAAAGGCGGUGGAGCUUAUUUUUUGAUAAGUCGUUCACUUGGCCCUGAAUUUGGAGGGUCAAUUGGAGUUAUUUUCUCUAUUGCUAAUGCUGUGGGUGCCGCAAUGUAUUUGGUUGGGUUUGCUGAAACAAUUAGAGACUUACUUAAAUCACAUGAUAUAUCUUUGUUGGACGGUGAAAUAAACGAUAUUCGUAUAAUUGCAUUAAUUGCUUGUGCUUUAAUUAUUGUUGUUAUUCUUGUUGGAUUAAGCUUUGAAAGUAAAAUGCAAAUUAUUUUGAUGGUUUUAUUGUGGCUUUCAAUUUUUGAUUAUUGGAUUGGAACUUUUUUGCCUCCUUCAGAAGAUCAACAGAAAAAAGGAAUUGUUGGGUAUAAAAUUGAUACAAUAAAAGAAAACUUUAUGCCUUCUUUUCGUGAUGGAUACGAUUUCUUCUCCGUUUUUGCUGUUUAUUUCCCUGCUGCAACAGGAAUAAUGGCUGGGGCAAAUAUUUCUGGAGAUUUAAAAGAUCCACAAAAAGCAAUUCCUCUUGGAACUCUUGUUGCUAUAGGAAUUACUACAUGUGUUUAUUUAAUAAUGGUUUGGAUGACGGGAGCAACUACUUUAAGAGAUGCUGAUGGAAUUCAUUUACCUCAUUUGUUAACACAAACAUUUAAUGCUAGUAAAAAGUUAUUUGAAACAACAUCACUUUCUUCUAUUGCUGCAACUAAUGUUACAGAAAGCAACCACCUUUUCUCUUCAACACAUUAUUAUGCUCCUCCCCAAUGUUAUUUAAAACAUAAUUGUUCUUAUGGUCUUUUUAAUUAUUUUCAGAUUGUCGAAUUGGGAUCAGCAUUGGGUCCAUUGGUCACUAUAGAUCGUUUAUUUCCUUAUAUAAAUCGUUUUGGACGUGGACAUGGACCUAAUGAUGAACCAAGACAAGCAUUGUUUCUGGCUGGACUUAUUGCUGUUUCUGUUAUUUUGAUAGGUGAUUUAAAUAUGAUUGCUCCUCUCAUUUCCAACUUUUUUCUUUGUUCUUAUGCUCUAAUUAACUAUGCCUGUUUUGAUAACAGUUUUGCUCAUUCACCAGGAUUUAGACCUUCCUUCAAAUUUUAUAAUAAAUGGGUUUCAUUAGCUGGUUCUUUAAUGUGUGUUUUCUGCAUGUUUAUAAUUUCUUGGUGGACAGCUUUACUUACAUUUUUCUUUUUUGUUGCAAUUUAUAUUUAUGUUGCCCAUAGAAAACCUGACGUAAAUUGGGGUUCAUCUGCACAAGCUCAUUCUUAUCGAAAUGCUUUACAAUAUGUCUCAAAGUUGGAACGGACAGAGGAACACGUAAAGAAUUAUCGACCACAAAUUCUUGUUUUAAGUGGUAAUCCAGCAUCUAGAGCAGGACUUGUUGAUUUUGCCUAUUCAAUAACUAAAGGAAAUAGUCUUUUAAUGUGUGGAUAUAUAAUUCCAUAUAAGCCUUGCAAUACAGUCUUUACAAUGUUACAAACCUUCAACCAACAACUGCGCGAUUGGUUUGUUUCUCGCCACCUUAAAGGGACAUUUGCUGUUACUGUGGCUAAUCCAAAUUUGCGAGCUGGUGCUCAAACUCUGUUACAAAUUGCUGGACUAGGUAAACUCCGCACCAACAUUAUUCUAAUGGGUUUUAAACAAAACUGGGCACAAAAUCGUUCACCUGAGGGAAUAAAUGAAAUGAUUGAUUAUUUUGGAUUGAUACAGGACGCUUUCGAUUUGAAUAUGAGCGUGGGUGUUUUGCGCAACUCAAACAGAGGAUUUGACAUUUCUGAGCUUAUUUUAGAGACUGCAGAGGAACUGAGGCUUCAUUUAAAACAGCGUGGUGAUACUUUAAGUACAAGUUAUCCUUUGGAAAGUCACCCGCAUCAACGUCAAAGUAUUAAUCAACAACAAUUUAAACCUUCUGUCCAUAAUACUUGUUCUUCUCCACAACUUGGAAUUUCUUCAAAUUUUUCUAUUAAUCCACGUCAAAAAGCUCGAGAUUUAUUUUUACGUUCAUUAAGUCAUAAAGGAGGAGAACAACAACAAGAAAGAACUUUUGAUGGUAAAAGUGCACAAAGUGGAGAUACAAUGCAAACAACUUUAGGAGGAGGAGGAGGUGAUACAACAACUAAUUAUUCACCUUUUACAAUAACACCAGUUAGUAGUUGCUCUGCAACUUUAAAAAGUAAAAAAUUUGGUGGAGGAAAAUUGAGAAAAUUGUUGGGGGCUUCAAAAUUAAAUUUAAAUGGAGAAGAUAUUGAACAAUCAAAGGAAGAUGGAGAUCAAUCUUUAGGCAGUGCAUUUCAAACCCUUCCACUCCCUUCUGAUACUUUUCGUUUUCAAACACGUGUUAAACAAGGAACAAUUGAUGUUUGGUGGCUUUAUGAUGAUGGAGGAUUGACUUUAUUAAUUCCAUAUUUGUUAACCAAAAAGGGCAGCUAUUUGGAAGGUGCCAAAUUGCGUGUAUUUACAUUAGCUGGUGUUGGAAAAAAUCUUCAACAAGAACAACAAAGUCUGGCUACAAUGUUACGUAAAUUCCGAAUUAGUGCUGAUCAGGUCAAUGUAAUCCCGGACUUUACUAGCAAAAAACCUGAUCAAAAAAACCUUGCCAAAUUUGAAAAAUUGAUAGAACCACUUGUAUUGCGUACUAGUAAAAGUGAGGAAUUUGCUACAAGCUCUUCUGUAACAGUAUCUUUAGGAGGAGAUGGAGAAGAAGAUAGAAUACAACAAGAAGAAUUUGAAGAUGAACAACAACAAUAUAAAGGUUUAAUAACUGAAACAGAAUUGGAUGCACAAAGAGAACGUACUUGGCGUCAAUUACGAAUUGCUGAACUUUUAAAACGUUAUAGUUCUGGUUCUGAUUUAAUUGUUGUGUAAGUUU